GGUAUUAAGAAAUUAUCUAUUUGACAGUUACCUAACCUCAAAAUUUUUAAAAAUCUGCAAGAUGCCGCAAGGAAGAAGAAAAGUUGCGUUUAGCGGAAAAGCUAAAAAGGAACAGCUAAAAGCAAAAAAGCAGAACAAACAAGGCCAAAACAGAAAACCUCUACUGGUGCACCAAUCAGAUGACGAACCGAGUUCCAGUGUGCAAAAAGUUAAUUAUCAGCCAACGAAAGGAAAUAAAACAAAUCCAAAUCGAUAUGCAUUGCAAUUUUUUAAAGAAACCAAUGAAGAAAUCAAAGAAAGGAAAGAAUUAGCAAGACAUUCUUUACAAUCAGUUACUGAGGAAGAACUGGAAGUUAAUGGAGAUGAUUUCUUUUUGAAAGAACUUGAUUUUCCAAAACGACCACCAUGGUCUCAUGACUUAAGUAAACAAGAAUUAGAAGCUAGUGAAAAUAAAUAUUUUAGUGAAUACUUGAAGAACAUUGAACAGCAAUUUUCGUGGAAAGAUUUGAGUUUCUUUGAGUUAAACUUGGAAACAUGGAGACAACUUUGGAGAGUGUUGGAAAUGUCAGAUAUUAUUUUAUUUAUUGUAGAUAUCAGAUUUCCUGCAUUGAUGUUCCCUCCAUCUCUGUACAAUUAUGUAACUACUUUAAAGAAAGAUUUUAUUUUGGUUUUGAACAAGAUAGAUUUGGCUCCUGCACCUCUUGUAGCAGCUUGGAAGAAUUAUUUUCAGGAAAAAUAUCCAGAACUGCAUGUAGUAAUGUUUACAACAGUACCUGGAUACAAUUUAGUUGGUCACCAAUCAGACAAGGGAGGUUUACAGUUAAGAAGAAGGAAAGGCAGAAUUCGCAUGGCAGCUGAGGGCACUCAACAAUUAUUUGAUAUUUGUAAUGAACUUGUGGGAGAUAAUGUGGACUUGACAUCAUGGAAGAAAAAAAUUAAUGAUGAAAUCCACGAAGAAUAUGAGGACACAGAUAAAGUAAUAGUAGGAGAAACUAUUCAUGUAGAUCCAGAUACAGGUUAUGUGAAUCAUGAAAGAUUUCACUCUGGGGUUUUAACAUUGGGUUGUAUUGGACAGCCUAAUGUUGGUAAAUCAUCUUUGAUGAAUGCCAUAAUGGGUAAAAAAGUUGUCAGUGUUUCCAAAACUCCAGGCCAUACAAAACAUUUCCAGACAAUAUUUUUGACGGAAAACGUUAAAUUAUGUGAUUGUCCUGGCUUGAUUUUUCCUUCCAAAGUUCCCAAACAACUCCAGGUUUUGAUGGGCAGUUAUCCAAUUGCCCAACUAAGAGAGCCUUUCACCACUAUCAAGUAUUUAGCUGAAAGAUUGGAUUUGCCAAAGUUAUUGAGGAUUGAUAAUCCUGAUGGUGAUGAUCAAUGGUCAGCAAUGGACAUCUGUGAUGGAUGGGCUAAAAAGAGGGGAUAUCUUACUGCUAAAGCUGCAAGACUAGAUUCCUAUAGAGCAGCCAAUAGUUUGCUGAGAAUGGCUUUGGAUGGGAAAAUUUGUUUGUGUCUCAGACCUCCUAAUUUCAAAGAAAAGAAAAACUUUUGGAACUCUCAUCCUGAUGUAGAAAAAGUUAAAUGGAUCCAAGCUAGAAAGGAAGAUGAUUGUGUUGCUGAACUGUCACAGUCAGAUGAUAAUGAAGAAGCUAAAGGGGAUGAAGAUACUAAUGACACAGAAGGUGAUGAUUCACAAGAAGAAUCUGAUGAAUCUGAAGAAGAGACUGUAAUAACAAGUAAUUCUAACAAGUUUUCCCUUUUGGCAAAUAUGGAUUAGAUAAGUAUUUAAUAUAUAUAUAUAUUAAAUUGUUACAAUAAAACAAUUGUUUCUUUAA